CGGAAGUGAGCGGGUCCCGCCCCUUCCCGCUCUCUUCGUCCGAGCCGCUGCCGCCGUCGCCGCUGUCCGCUCUCCGGCGAGCCGGAGUCUCCGUGCCGUACCCUCGGUCCCCGGCCGCGCGGAGCCGGGAUGCACUGCUCCUGCUGUGGGUCCUCAUCAUGGAGACCAAACGGGUGGAGAUUCCCGGCAGCGUCCUGGACGAUCUCUGCAGCCGAUUUAUUUUGCAUAUUCCCAGCGAGGAAAGAGACAAUGCUAUCCGAGUGUGUUUUCAGAUUGAACUUGCCCAUUGGUUUUACUUGGAUUUCUACAUGCAGAACACACCAGGAUUACCUCAGUGUGGGAUAAGAGACUUUGCGAAAGCUGUCUUCAGUCAUUGUCCAUUUUUGCUGCCUCAAGGUGAAGAUGUGGAAAAAGUUUUAGAUGAAUGGAAGGAAUAUAAAAUGGGAGUACCAACAUAUGGUGCAAUUAUUCUUGAUGAGACACUUGAAAAUGUACUACUGGUUCAGGGGUACCUAGCAAAAUCAGGCUGGGGAUUUCCAAAAGGAAAAGUAAAUAAAGAAGAAGCUCCUCAUGAUUGUGCUGCUAGAGAGGUCUUUGAAGAAACUGGUUUUGAUAUCAAAGAUUAUAUUUGUAAGGAUGAUUACAUUGAACUUCGAAUCAAUGACCAGCUUGCUCGUUUGUACAUCAUUCCAGGAAUUCCAAAAGACACAAAAUUUAACCCGAAAACCAGAAGAGAAAUUCGGAACAUUGAAUGGUUCUCCAUUGAGAAAUUGCCCUGUCAUAGAAAUGAUAUGACCCCAAAAUCCAAACUUGGUUUGGCACCUAACAAAUUUUUUAUGGCCAUUCCCUUUAUCAGACCAUUAAGGGACUGGCUUUCUCGAAGAUUUGGAGAUUCCUCAGACAGUGACAAUGGCUUUUCCUCAGCUGGUAGCACACCAGCUAAACCCACUGUGGAAAAAUUGAGUCGAACCAAAUUCCGCCACAGUCAGCAGUUAUUUCCUGAAGGGUCUCCUGGUGACCAGUGGGUAAAGCACAGGCAACCACUGCAGCAAAAGCCAUAUAAUAAUCAUUCUGAAAUGUCUGACCUUUUAAAAGCAAAGAAUCAAAGUCUGAGGGGAAAUGGCAGAAAACAGUAUCAAGACUCACCUAAUCAAAAGAAAAGAACAAAUGGAGUCCACAGCCAGCCAGCCAAGCAGCAGAAUCCCUUGAUGAAGUGUGAAAAAAAACUUCAUCCACGAAAACUUCAAGAUAAUUUUGAAACGGAUGCUGUAUAUGACUUACCUUGCUCCGGUGAAGACCAGUUGCUAGAACAUGCCGAGGGACAGUCUAUGGCAUGUAAUGGACAUUGCAAGUUCCCCUUUUCAUCCAGAGCCUUUUUGAGUUUCAAGUUUGACCAUAAUGCUAUAAUGAAAAUCUUGGACCUAUGAUAGCAGCAUAUGUGUUGUGGAAGUCCCAAGAUCAGGGACCUGUCACAUUUGAGUGGGUGUCUCUUUGAGCCUUACCUUUCUCAGGUGUUUUAAAGAAAUGCAGGGAGGCAAUGAUGUUUCUGAAGAGAUUGUUCUCUGUGCAGAAGAGAGAGUAGGAAGAAACAUGAGUUUGCACUGUAAAUGCAGUUAUAACCUUUUAUACACAUGAACCUUUUCAUUGUUUGGCUAAUGAAUUUAAGUUGCUUUUUACGGGGGCAUUUUUUUCUGUGUGAUUAUGGUUUUUAUUUUAUAUUCUGGUCAAGAAAAUAGUGUUUGAGUCAUCAUCAAGUAGCCAAGUUAAUGGGAAAGCUCCAUCUACCCAUUACAGUGAUUGCAAUAAUAGUUUUCCUUACAUUGAAAUUUUUAAAAGAAACUUAAAAUAUAUAAUUAUUAAAUGAAUACAAGAGCUGAAAUGUCACAAGUCAAGAUUGCAGGUCAUCUGCUUUGGUGGCAUUUUGCACAUUUCUCUGCUUUUAAUCACUUAGGUUCUCUAAAUCUGCUCUGCUUCGAGUUUUGUUGAAAGGUUUUAUUUAGAGCCAGCAUCAUCUAUAUAAUGUUCAUGUUCAAAAUGAACUCUUAGCACUUCAUUAAAGGACAAAGUCCUCAGCCUGGAGAGGGACUGAGUUGGUUGGCUGGGGAGCUGAUGCUCUAAUUUUGGGUUGUGUUGCAUGCAGUCAGUGAACUUGUGAGACUGCUGGAGAGAGGGUAGCAGAGAGCAUGGAGGCUGGGACCCAGCAUUUGCUUUGGUCAUGUCUUCACCAUCCUGUCAGCAACCCUUUAGUGUUGUACAAUGAUUUUGUUCUUGUGAAAAUGUAUUCUUGAUUACAGUUGUGUAAAUAUGUAUGGAAUACUGACAUUAUUAGGUUUUACAUUGCAUCUCAGUGUUGAUCUCUGGAAACUGAUGUUAUAUUAGGUUCCAAUUUGCAGUAGUAGCAGAGACUGACACGCUUUUAUGAGCAUGCUGAAGCCCCUGGAUGAUGGAAUGAGAAGGGAAGAGGUAUGCAAUUUACCCAAGUACAAAUAAAGCAUUUGACUAGGGGAGGAUCAGAACGUGAAAGUAACGUACAUAACUCACUUCUAGGAAUGUAUUUUGGUCCUUUAGGACUCAUAAAUCCAAAUAAGGAUGGCAGUGCCCGCUUUAAGAAGGAAUUCAGCUAUAAUUGAGGACAAUCACCAGGGCUUUCAGGGGGCUUUAGUGUUCGGGCUGCUUCUGACCUCACUGAAGGUAUCUUUGUGUGUGUGUGGGGGGGGGGGGGAUGAGCACAUGUGUGCGUGUGCAUCUGUCAUGUGGGUUUUAAAAAUCUUUUUUUUACAUGUGGUAUCCACAAAAUAUAUCUCUGUAAAUUUUAUUGUAGAAAUCUUUAUUCUGUAUACAUAGCCUAUUUAAUAGGAGUUCGAUCUAACCCAGUGGGACUUGCAAAAGAAGUGCUAUUGUAAGGAAUUCACUUGCUAUUACUUUGCUUUAGCUUUUAAAUGGCUUGAUUUUAAAGGAGAAAUUCUAUUUAUUAAUGAAAGUGUCACCCUCUUGGUGCUAAACGGGAGAAUUCACAACUGUAGCAGUGCGUUUAGAAUUAGGUUAUUCACAGUUCUGCAUCUUUUAAUGUGACAAAUUUGUGAAUCCUUCUGUGACUUGUUUUUAAAUGCAUUAUAUGAUUGCAUUUGCAAGCUCUUACUGUUCUUUCCAGAAAUACAGCUGCUUUGCUUGGGUCUCCUUGAGCCAUAUUUAUAGUUGGUCCUAGUAUUCCAGAUUUCUGCUAAAUUGUUAAGGGAGUGAAAACUUAGUUUGCCUGGCAGGUAAAUCAUUUUCACUCGUUUACUGUCAUCUGGAAACCAUUUAAUUUUUAGUGAUUUUUGUAUGUGUUUUUUUCUUUUUGAAUGAGUAUUUUGGUCAGUCUUUCUGGUGCCUAGAGUUGGAGUUUCAGCUCUCAAUACUAAAGCAAAAGAGAUUAGUUAGUUACCAGAAGUAUGUCCUCUAAUGGUGUUGAGCCUUUUCAAGAACCAACAGAUUAUCUCUUUUCAAUUAUGGUAGUUUAACUAUGGUUAAAUGUUAUUGCUGUUGUGCUGCUUCAUUUAAUGCACUGUGGAACAAAAUAAGGGUAUUGUUGGGAUGGGGUUUUGGUAACUUGAGGCUUUUAGCUCUCGACAGUUUGAGACAAAAAAACAAAGUUAAAAGAUGUGAGUUAAAGUUUAUGUGUGUGAUGUGACUUAACUAUGCAGAAAAUGUAUAAGUUGGAUGUACCUGUUUUAUGUACAUCUGCUAUACUUAUUCCCUCGAACCUGUAUAUUAGUUUCUCACUGUUCAGGUUACCUUGAGAAAGGCCAUGCUUAGCACAGAACUGGAUUUCUCCUUUGAGAAAUUUUAGCGUGGUUUGAAGAAAUCAAGUGAUAAAGGUGUGUGCUGAAUAUGCAAUAAUUUACUUCUGUGUGCUGUAUUUUAAGAAGCUAGCUGAGAAGGGUAGUUAUGUUAGCUUCAUUAUGUUUUAUGUCUUUGAGAGAGAACUAAGUCUUUGAAUCCACUUUUUAAGUGUUCUUAUGUUUCAGCCUUAUAUGUUCCAAGGUUCAGUGCACUGUGAAUCUUUUAUUUUUUAAAAUUUUGUAGGUGCUUUUAUGUAUAACUGUAAUGAUUUGUAGAUGUUAAAUGAAUUGUUUGUGUACUUAACCAUUAUAAUCCAAAAGAUAGGAGAGUGGUUUACAUGCUUUCACAAGGUUUUGUUAAGAAAUAGUAAAUGACUGGUUUUAGGAUUUCAAACAGUGAUGCUCUCCUGAGACAUGAGUGUUUGGAGAAGUCUGAGAGCCUAAUAGAAUUCUUUUAGCAUGGGUGAAAUUUGAUUGAAGACGUUUGAAAAUUAAGUUGGAUUUUCAUGUUAAUAUAUAAAGGCAAGUCUCCUAUGCUGUCAAAGGAAUUGUGGUCACUGCUUGCUGCUUUGAGCUUUGGAUAUCCUUAUUUUUCUAUUAAAUAUCAGUAAGUACAGAUAAUGAAGAUGUAUAGCAAAACUUAGCAAAAAUAAUUUUAUGCUAUAAGAUUGAGUUGGUACUUUGUCUUUUAAGGCGUUAGUAGUUUGUGUAUUAUCAAAUAAAAACCUCAAAUCUAAGUGAAUAGCAUCCCUCCAUGAGGAUUAAAUUAUAUUGUGGUGGUCUUUAGAAAAGUUCAGGUCUGAGUGCAUAUGUGUAUUAAUAACAUUUCAUUACCUAUUCCCUCACUUUUUUUUUUUUUGUUUGUUUCCAACAGUUAGUUACCUUGAACAGUAAGGAGCAAAGUUGAUAUAGACAAAUUAGACUUUUUGCCAACUUAUUUUUCUGUUAUGAUAACAUCUCUUGGCUUUUUAUUCUUAUUUUUGUUUUGAUUGACAUCUAUUAUGUGUCUGUAUUUUGAGGCAAUAUUUUUUUUUGCAUUUUUAAUCAUAGUUAUAAGGUCAGAUUCAUUAACAUUUUUCUGACUGAAGAAAAAUAAGUGUUACCUAGUAAUUUUGACUUGGAUUAUUUUCUAGCCUGGGGAAGGGGCUCAUAUGUAUUGUUGUAACUUUAGAUUAAUGAUAAGCAAGACAAACUCUUAUUUUGUCUGAAGAUAUCAAUAUCCUUUACCCUUAAGACCUGUCUCUAGGUAAACAGGUGUUAGUAAAACAGCAGUUUUGUUAAACCUUAUUCCUGAUAGCUUGGUAAAGCCUAGCUAGAGUUCCUCAUUUUGUAUUCUGUCCUAAGACUUUAAAGUGCAUUUGUAUAGUUGCCAAACAUUCUAAAAAUGAGAUUAUGUUGGGCUUUCCCAGCAUCUUUUUCUUCCUAGAAUUGAGUUGCUCUUGAAGUUUGUACUUCAGUGUCAUAAGGUGGCAGAUUGCAAAUGGGCAGUAAAGGCUCGGUGCGAUGCUUUCAAAGUAGAGUUCUGGAUUGCAGUUUCCAAAAUUGUUAUAGGUUAUUAUUAUAGAACAAAAAUGCCCUGAAGGGAGAAGAUAUUUAUAGUUGCUGGGCGAAGAGAGUGUAAGGAAGAAAUGUUAGAAGAUAAAUCAGUUCUUGAGUGCUGUAUGAUGUACUAGGCUAGAAAUGUGAUCACUGUAUAGCCCAAGCAGAGUCUAAUAUAUGUGGCCAUUACCAAGUGUUUUCUAGCUCUAGAUACAGUUAAUUUUUUCUAAGUAUGGUUGCCAAGCAAUCCAGUAAAUCUAAAGUAAUUUUUCUCACUUUAAAGACCAGUGUUUGGGAGUCUGUGCUGAUACUUUGCAACUCCAGCCACACUGAAGUGCACUUUCUUACGGAAACGUAACCCAGAGCACACGCAGCCAUGGUCUGGUGUGUGUCAUAGUCACUUCAUGUGGUAGCUGUGUAUUUGUCCUGGAUGGUGAUCAUUCCCUAUCCAUCCAGUUUUCUUGUGACAAACCGCGUUUACUAUUGAAAUAGUGGUCUAUAGCUAGGGAAAAGAGUAAAGCUACCUCUCAUCCAUGGGAGUGGACUUGAAGGGCUGAUUUCCACCAACGUAGUUGCUCAGACUUUAACAUAGGUACAAAGAAGUGUAAAUAAAAAACUAUGAUGAAGUAUGGAAGUCUUAUCUUGAGAAAUGUUCGUAACUGAAUCUUUAAUCUGGGUCUCCAGAUUAAUGAAAUCACCAGUAAAGAGAUUCCAUUUAUCUUGUCUCUUCUGUGGUUAGUGGAGGGAAUGGUCUAGCUAUGGUAGCCGCUUGAAA